AUGAACUCAAAGCUAGAAUCGAGGAGUUGGAGAAGGGUAGAACGGAUACUGCUGCAACCACAGAAUGAUUUAUCUCCCAAGGAACUUGUUGAUAUAACAGAGUUUGUAACAAGUGGUGCAGUACCAGAAGUGCUGUUAACUAUAGAUGACCCAAUACCUGCCAGCUUUAAGUUAUCAGAGGAUAGAAAGACGGAUGCUUUCUUGGAUGAGAUGAACAAGAAAAAUGUUAGUGAUAAUAUAAGACAAAGGAAUAGGGAGAAGAAGCUUCAAUGUGAGUUGGCCUGCCUUCUUAUAAAUUCGAAGCCAGAAGAUAAAGUAUCCUGUGAAGAAAAGGGGGAUCAGACUGGAUCAGCUCUCUCCAGGAACCCUCCCCUUCACCUGUU